AUGUCUUUUGAAACAAGAAAAAUAGCUGUAGCAAAAAUUAUUGGAAAUGUUGAACGAAAUACAACUUCAUUUAUUUUUAUUAAAUAUUCUCUGUUGGAAGAGGUUAAUGAUGAAAAUGAGAGACGAUCAUUUUACAAAUCAAAAAUAGGUUUAAUUGCAAUUCCGGUUGAAACACAGGUUACUCUUCGACGUGAUCUCUUUUCAACAACAAAUUUAUUAGAUUUUGGUCUUGUAAAAGCAGGAAAACAAUUUUUGUCUCCACUCAAAUUAACUGUGUUUUCCACAUUAGAAAAAAGUGUAGAAAUUGAUUCAAUUUAUUCUGACAAAUCAAAAAUGAUUUAUAUUCAAUAUGAAACACAUCCUCCAAUAUCGUUGAAGUCGGCAACGCGUGGACAACAACCAGGCUUAAUAGACAUUGCUAACAUAAAUAUUGAUACAUUUAUUGACGACAAAAUUACGCCCAAAAAUAAUAAUUCAACAAGCAAAACAAAAAUAGGCCGUAUUUUUAAAAAACAAGGAAAUAUAAUGGCUGUAAGUAGAGGAGGAAAUUUUAAUGUUACAGUGCCUUUUAUCGCUCAACUUUAUGAAGGUGAACUUGAAUACAAUUUAAAUGAAUUGUCUUUCCAUAAAAAUUUAAAACCUUUUCGAAGACGUGAAAUAAUUUUAACUAAUACAUGCCCUUUUCCUUUGACUAUUUUUGGAGCUGAAAUUGCAGAAAAUGGAAAAGAUUAUUUUGAGAUUUUUCUUAUCGAAUCGCCUAUAAUUCUUUCUCCCGGCCAAUCUUUGCCUUCUCUAAUAAUUUUAUUUAAAAAUUUCAUUCCUUCACCAACUAAUUUUUCUUCAUCGCAUAUUAUUAUCAACACAAAUCUCACAAAUUUUCAAUUGCCUUUGUAUAUAUUUAAUGGAGAAAUUAAUAUCACUUUACAUUCUAUUGAGCAAAAUAUUUUUAAUUUUGGUCUUUUAAAAAAGGGAGAGAAUCGUUCUAUUUUGGUAUUUUUUUAAUUAAAAUUUUUUUAAUUUUAAAGUUGGCGGAUCCUUGGCAAACCUAGGAAGUCUUUAAAAAGGUUUUUCCCAGAUCCCAAAUUUUAGCUUAUGACGGAAGGGUCUCAGGAAUAGUUUUUUUGGCGAGUCCACCACCAUUGUAUUUAAUUUUAAAUAUUUAAAUUCAAUAAUGGGCUAGGGUUGUUUAGCGCUGUAGACGAAAAUUUCAGGAUUAUUAGAAUGACAGGAAAUAAGAUAGAAAACGGAAAAGGUAAUUUAACAGAAGAUUU